AACACACAUAGUUAUGAAUUGGAGAGAUUGAUCUCUAUGACAGAGACCAGCAUUUAAUGUGUUUUUGCUACCUGGUCCAAUCAUGACACAACUUCCUUCCAAACGACGCAAGCUGGGUCAUACCCCAUCUGCUGAGCUGACGCAAGAGGAUGAGUCGGAGAAUGUCUACGAUGCGCAGUCUGCUGAGGAGUCUGCGGACGAGGUAGCAAUUCCUCAAUCGAAACAAGCAGCUUUACGACCGAAGCAUUCGCAGGCAAUCGACGAUGCUGCACUGUAUGCUGGAGGGUCCUACAAAUCCAGUCUGUUCAAGCUGCAGGUCGAUGAGCUACUGGCUGAGGUACAACCAAACUACGAAAAGCGAUUGACUGGUGUGAACGAGGCGUUGCGCAAGUUGAAGACAUUCAUAGAAGAAGUGGAGGACUGCGAUCCUGUUUCCGUAACCGAAGCUACCAAGUCUCUACUCAAGUCUCACAAGAUCACCAUACCAUUCCCAGACCCAAAACCUGAUAGGAACGCCGCUUAUAAGUUGAUGUACUCUCGGCCUUCGAACAUCAAUGUCGUUGGAAGCUAUGCUCUCAAGACCAUGGUUAAGACUGAAGGUUCAUUGUCGAUCGAUAUGGUGCUGGUGAUGCCCUCUGCUAUUUUCCAAGAGAAGGAUUAUCUAAACUAUCGAUACUUCUACAAAAGAGCAUAUUAUCUAGCAUGUCUUGCUGCUGGCCUUCAGGAGAAAGUGGAGGACGAAUUUGUCUUAGCAUUUGAAUACCUUCAUGGCAACAGUCUUCAGCCCAUAUUGGUUGUUAAGCCUAAAUCAGAUAGCAAGAAGAGCAACAAAAGCUACGACAUCCGUAUCAUUCCCGCCGUCCCUUCUGGCACCUUUGCGGAAUCGAAAUUACGCCCUGACAAGAAUGCAAUACGACCUAAAGACAACCAUUCCGAGCAGUCUUCGCUAUUGCCACCGACCCCUUUCUACAACGCCACUCUUCAGUCAGAUUGUAAUAUCGAGCCAUAUCUAAAGCUUCAGCACGCUGCUGCCAAGCAGUCGACAGGGUUCAAAGAUGCUUGUAUUCUCGGUAGGGUGUGGCUUGGCCAACGUGGAUUCAGCAGUCGUCUCUCCGAUGGUGGAUUUGGCCAAUUCGAAUGGGCAGCUCUCACAGCGCUGCUGAUGAAAGGAGGAGGUCCCAAAGGCCACAGCGUCCUCUCUCCAAGCUAUAGCAGUUACCAAAUGUUCAAGGCUCUGCUUCAAUACCUCUCGAUUAACGACCUGGCAAGCAAGCCGGUUUGCUUUGAGAUAGAGAAUAUGCUAACUGCCAAAUCAAACCUGCCAAUGGCUUAUGAUGGUUCCAGAGGACAAAAUUUACUUUUCAAGAUGACGGCGUGGUCAUACGCCUUGUUAAGAGACGAAGCUAGGACCUCCUUAGAGAUGUUGAAUGAUGCGACCUUCGACCAAUUCGAGUCUACUUUCAUCAUCAUGAGUUCUCAGCAGUUGCAAAGAUACGACUGCUCACUUAACAUCUCUUCCACUCCAAAGCAAGUCGAGACUAAUUCCUAUGACCAUGCCACAAAGGAAAGAAUAUUUGCUAUGCGAAUGUUCGAUGUCUUGCACGAAGGUUUGAUGGAUAGGGUAAAGCUUGUCAAUGUUCAGUUGCCUAGUACGAACUCUUGGUCCUUGAAAUCAUCCUCCACACCACCGCAAGAACCAUUGCUUAUAUCAUUCGUAUUUGAUCCAGCAAACAUCGAUCGUCUGGUGGAUCAUGGUCCAUCUGCGGAAGAAAAGAAGAAGGCGGCAAAGUUCCAAAAGUUCUGGGGUGAAAAGGCGGAACUACGUCGGUUCAAGGAUGGAAGCAUCCUCGAAAGUCUAGUUUGGUCUCCAGGCUCAGCUCAUGCCGUGUUUCGCGAAAUCGUGACUUACCUGGUUACUUGCCAUUUUGGUGCAGAAUUCAGCAAUAGUCUAGAAUUCGUUGGUGAAGGGUUUGAGAAAUUACUUCCUGGCGGGACCAGCAGCAAGAAUUUCGAGGCGCUAAAGCAAGCAUUCAGCACUCUUCAAAACCAAAUAAAAGAUCUCGAAGGACUACCUUUGCAGCUGCGACAACUUUCCGCUAUCAGUCCACAGCUUCGCUACUCUUCAAUCGAGACGCCAAUUUUCACUUUUACACAACCCAUGAUUAGGCCAGCCGACAUUCUCAUUCAAUUUGAAGGAUCUGGGCGGUGGCCCGACGAUAUUGUUGCCAUUCAGCGAACAAAGAUAGCUUUCCUGCUGAAAAUUGGCGCUCUACUUCAGGAAGUCGACGGUACCGUUGUCAUUCGAGUUGGCCUCGAGAACGAAGACCACCAACUCCAGAAUUCCGCUUUCCUUGACAUCAUCUGUGGUUCUGGUGCAGUCUUCCGUCUCCGCAUCCAUAACGACCGCGAGCAGACUCUUCUCGAACGGCAUAUCAAGGAUAAAUCCAGUAAUCAUCGCGAGCGUGAAGAUGCUGUUUCUGCGCUGUCGAUGUACAAGAAGACUUUUCUUCAGCUGCCGCUACUAAACCAAUCGAUAUCUACGCAUUGCACCAGAUUCCCAUUGCUAUCAUCAACGAUGCGUCUGGUGAAGAUGUGGUUCAAUCGCCAUAUGCUAUCGAGACACGUUAGCGAAGAGCUCAUCGAGCUCAUUGUCGCUCGAACAUUCCUGCACCCAUACCCAUGGAGAGCUCCUUCUUCAACCAUGACUGGUUUUUUGAGGACAUUGUCGUUCAUUUCGAGAUGGGACUGGCGACAGAAACCUUUGGUUGUAGACUUUACAGGGACGAUGACAACCAAAGAUGUCGAUUCGGUCAACACACGAUUAGAGGCGUGGAGAAAGAUCGACCCCAGCAUGAAUCGAACUGUCCUUAUCGCUGCUUCGAAUCAUGACAUCACUGGCACUGCUUUUACAGACAGUGGUCCAUCGAAAAUGGUUGCUGCACGUAUGACAGCGUUGGCACGCUCGGCUUGUAAAUUAGUCAAAGAGAAAGGUCGAGAUUUGGAUCACAGAGCUCUAUUCGCGUCCUCAACGGCCGACUACAACUUUAUCGUCCAUAUCUCACCCAAGUUUACUGGCACACAACCAGGAAAAAACAGUAAACCCAAAUUCAAGAAUCUCGAGGUUCAGGGAGGGGCUGAUAUCGAGAUGAUUGGAUUGCAACCAGUGGAGCAAUAUCUUCAGGAGCUCGAGAAACUUUAUACGGACAGCAUUGUUUUCUUUCAUGGUGGCGUGGGCAGCAAUGUUAUUGCUGGAUUGUGGAAUCCACAAAAGGCCGCGCCGAGGCAAUUCAAGGUCAAUCUGGCAUACGCUACGAAACCUUCCAAACAUGAGGAUGGGGAGGCAGAUGAGGUGGUGAUUGAUAAAGCUGCGAUAUUGGCAGAGAUCGCAAGAUUGGGGGGAGAUAUGGUGUCACGUAUUGAAGUACAGCAUUGAGAUACCCUAAAUACGAGUAAUCUAGACUACUAUAGUAACGCGGACUCCUGGCUGAGACCCUAGUGGAUAGGAUUGCGCUGUAUGUAUUGGGAGAAGGGCACAGAUCCUGCAAGCUAACUUGCACCAGUUCGUCUUAGUAAUUCAG